GUUGUUCUCAACAGCCAUCUUGCCGUCUUCGAAGGACCUGUUGUCGACUCUUUUCUGCUAUCUUGCAGAUUCAGACGAAUUCAUUAACGCUUCCGCCAGUUGCGCGGUUUGCUGAGUUCCGCUUGACCCGUUUUUGUGAACAAUUUCCAUCUUUUUUUUUGUUCCUUUUCACCAGGCACUCGUGGUUCCUUUGAACCCGCAAAAAGUGGUCAAAACUCCACCACUACCCCCACAAUCGCAUUGACGACAUCGCAUUCGCGUUAAUUCACGUCUUGGACUUCUUUCGGCACCAUUUUCCGACCUCGUCAUUGCACUGCUGAUUUUUACGCGUUUUUAUUCUCCUUAUUCCUUUUGUUGCAACCAUGUUGGGCCAUCAGUUCGCGUAUUCGGCCGCUCCCAUUCGCAAAGUGAAGGAGGUCCAGUUUGGUAUCUUAUCACCAGAGGAAAUUAAAGCAUACUCGGUGGCGAAAGUGGAGCAUCCAGAGGUUAUGGACGAGACAACGCACAAACCUAAGAUGGGUGGUCUAAUGGAUCCUCGCAUGGGAACCAUCGACCGCAAUUUCAAGUGCCAGACAUGUGGAGAGGGAAUGUCAGAAUGUCCUGGUCAUUUUGGCCAUAUCGAGUUGGCGAGGCCGGUCUUUCACCCAGGUUUCAUCAUUAAAGUAAAGAAGAUCCUGGAAUGUAUCUGCGUAAACUGUGGAAAGCUAAAAGCCGACAUCUCCGAUCCCAAUUUCGCCGACAAGAUCCGCCAUAUUCGCGAUCCCAAGGCACGCAUGGCCGUUGUAUGGGCGCACUGCAAGACCAAGAUGACCUGUGAGACUGACGAGCCAAAGGAAGAUGGUGCUGAGGGAGAUGCGGAUGAGCCCAAGAAAGGUCAUGGUGGAUGUGGUCAUAUACAACCGGCCAUUAGGAAAGAAGGCUUGAAGCUUUUCGUCCAAUACAAAAGACCCAAAGAUGAGGAUGAGGAUGUGAAAUCGAUGCAGCCUGACAAGCGGCUGAUCACUCCAUCUGAGGUUUACACGACGUUCAAGAAGAUGUCGGACUCCGACCUUCAUCUCAUAGGUCUUUCGGAUGAGUACGCUCGUCCUGAGUGGAUGAUUCUCACGGUUAUGCCUGUCCCGCCUCCUCCUGUCCGUCCAAGUAUAGCAGUUGACGGCGGGGCUAUGCGGAGCGAAGAUGACUUGACCUACAAGCUUGGUGAGAUCAUCAAGGCGUCCGCACAUGUACGGCGGUGUGAGCAGGAAGGCGCGCCCGCGCACGUCAUUAGCGAGCAUGAACAUCUACUCCAGUUCCACGUUGCCACCUAUAUGGACAACGAUAUUGCCGGUAUUCCUCAAGCGUUGCAGAAAUCUGGACGUCCAGUGAAGGCUAUCCGUGCACGGCUAAAGGGCAAAGAGGGGCGUUUGCGUGGUAACCUGAUGGGCAAGCGUGUAGACUUCUCUGCACGUACGGUCAUUACAGGCGAUCCUAACCUGGAGCUGGACGAAGUAGGUGUUCCUCGGAGCAUCGCCAUGAAUUUGACCUAUCCCGAGCGAGUGACGCCAUAUAAUAUCGCAUACCUUCAAGAACUGGUGCGCAACGGCCCGACAACAUACCCCGGUGCACGCUAUGUCGUGAGAGAUACUGGCGAACGUAUUGAUCUGCGCUAUAACAAGCGUGCAGACGCAUUCCUGCAAUAUGGGUGGAUCGUCGAGCGGCAUCUAAAAGAUGGAGACUUCGUGUUGUUCAACCGGCAACCAAGUUUGCACAAGAUGAGUAUGAUGAGCCAUCGAGUGAGGCUGAUGCCAUACUCUACCUUCCGACUGAAUCUAUCCGUGACGCCUCCAUAUAACGCCGAUUUCGACGGCGAUGAAAUGAACAUGCACAUUCCACAGAGCGAAGAAACACGUGCCGAACUGUCACAAAUAGCGUGGGUUCCCCGUCAGAUCAUCUCGCCACAAGCCAAUAAACCCGUCAUGGGCAUUGUGCAAGACACGCUUUGUGGGAUCCGCAAGUUUACGUUGCGAGAUACGUUCCUGGACUGGAACCAGGUUCAGAACAUCUUGUUGUGGGUCCCUGGCUGGGAUGGCAAUGUACCAAUACCCGCUAUCAUCAAGCCUAAACCCAUGUGGUCCGGGAAGCAGAUUCUUAGCAUGGUGAUCCCUCGCGGUAUCAAUAUUCAUCGGGCCCCAGAUCCCAAGUCUUCGAACCCCAUCUUCGACGACGGUAUGUUAAUUGAGAAUGGUGAAAUCAUUUUUGGUGUUGUCGAGAAGAAGACUGUGGGCGCUUCUCAAGGAGGUUUGGUGCACGUCGUCUUCCGCGAAAAGGGCCCGGAGGCUACUCGUGACCUCUUCACGGGCAUCCAGAUGGUCGUGAAUUUCUGGCUAUUCCACAAUGGAUUCAGUAUCGGCAUCGGUGACACUGUUGCUGGUCCCAAGGUCAUGGGUUUCAUAACGCAGCGUAUUAGCGAGAAGAAGCAGUUGGUUGCAGAAAUCAUCGAUGACGCAUAUCACGACCGGCUGAAGGCGCUACCCGGUAUGACUAUCCGGGAGUCGUUCGAGAGCAAGGUAGAGCGCGAACUCAAUCGCGCUCGUGAUGACUCCGGUCAGUACGCGCAGAAGAACCUGAAGGACGACAACAACGUGAAGCAGAUGGUCACAGCUGGUUCCAAGGGUUCAUACAUUAACAUCUCGCAAAUGUCUGUUUGUGUCGGGCAGCAGAGUGUUGAAGGUCGUCGUAUCCCAUUCGGGUUCCGUCAUCGUACUCUUCCUCAUUUCACCAAGGACGACUUCAGCCCGGAGGCACGUGGCUUCGUCGAGAAUUCUUAUCUGCGAGGGUUGACGCCGCAGGAGUUUUUCUUCCAUGCCAUGGCUGGAAGAGAAGGUCUUAUUGAUACGGCUGUCAAGACGGCAGAGACCGGCUACAUCCAGCGUCGUCUCGUCAAGGCAUUGGAGGACGUCAUGGUUCACUAUGAUGGCACAGUUCGCAACUCGCUUGGAGAUCUCAUUCAGUUCGUAUAUGGCGAAGACGGUAUGGAUGGCGCAUUCAUCGAACGCCAAAAGAUCGAGACUUUUGGUCUUGACAAUGAAGCCUUUGAGCACAACUAUCGCGUUGAUGUCACGGACGGCAAGAGUGGAUUCCUGCCAAAUACCCUGCAGAUCGGUGUGGAUGACAGCUCUCUGGAGCUACAGAUGAAGUUGGAUGAAGAAUACAACGAGCUUCUAAACGACCGCCGUCUUCUACGAGAAUUCAUAUUUCCUCAGGCUGACGGCCUGAAUCCUCAUUAUCUGCCUGUCAACCUUCAUCGCAUUAUUCAGAACGCCACGCAAAUCUUCCACAUUGACAAGCGGAAGCCGAGUGAUCUGGAGCCGGCCUACAUCGUUGAGGCUGUUCAGCAGCUGAACAAUCGCUUGGCUGUCGUGGUUGGUGACGAUCCGCUGACAAGAGAAGUCCAAGCCAACUCAUCGCUCACAUUCCGCAUGCACGUCCGUGCCACCAUGGCUACUCGCCGCGUACUCGAACAGUUCCAUCUUACCAGGGAGGCAUUUGACUGGGUCAUUGGUGAAGUGGAAGCCAAGUUCAACCAGUCGUUAGUGAACCCAGGAGAGAUGUGCGGCACACUUGCUGCUCAGUCGAUCGGUGAACCAGCUACGCAGAUGACGCUCAAUACGUUCCAUUAUGCCGGUGUCUCCAGUAAGAAUGUGACACUCGGUGUCCCGCGUCUGAAGGAGAUUAUCAACGUUGCUACCAAAAUCAAAACACCUUCCCUCACUGUCUACCUCGAACCUGACGUUGCUGAAGAGAGUCUGCUUGCCAAGAACGUGGAGCAAGAGCUCGCAUAUACCUCAUUGCGUACCGUGACGGCAGCCGUGGAGAUCUGGUAUGACCCAGACCCAAGCUCCACCAUCAUCGAGGAGGACUCCGUCUUCGUGGAGUCAUUCUUUGCCAUUCCCGACGAGGAGAUUGAGUCCAAGCUGCAUCUGCAGUCGCCAUGGCUCCUUCGUCUCGAGCUCGAUCGUGCUAAAAUGAUUGAUCGCAAGCUCACCAUGGCUUAUGUUGCCGGUCGGAUCGCGGAGAGUUUCAAAACUGAUCUCUUCGUCAUUUGGAGCGAAGAUAACUCGGAGAAGCUCAUUAUCCGUUGCCGUGUGCUCGGCGGUGGUGACAAAGAUGACGACGGUCUAGGAACUGUAGAAGAAGACAUCUUCUUGCGCCAGCUUGAAAACACUAUGUUGAAUUCUGUGAGCUUGCGCGGGGUUCCUGGCAUCCAAAAAGUCUUUUUGCAGCAGCACGACAAAGUAUAUACCGACAAGACAGGCGCCAUCAAGACAAAGAAGGAGUGGGUGCUGGAGACGGACGGUAUCAAUCUCAAGACUGUCAUGUGCAUCGAUAGCGUCGACUUUACACGUACGUAUUCGAACAGCUGCGUUGAAGUUUUCAACGUGCUGGGCAUUGAAGCAGCCCGCGCUGCUAUUAUGAAGGAGUUGCGCGGGGUCAUCGAAUUUGACGGCUCCUACGUCAACUACCGCCAUCUUGCUCUCCUUUGCGAUCUCAUGACGCACCGAGGUUCUUUGAUGGCAAUCACCCGUCACGGGAUCAAUCGUGCUGACACCGGAGCACUCAUGCGAUGUUCAUUCGAGGAGACGGUGGAGAUUCUCAUGGAAGCAGCUGCGGUCGGCGAGAAGGACGACUGUCAUGGCAUCGCCGAGAAUGUCAUGUUCGGCCAGCUAGCGCCAAUGGGUACUGGUGCCUUUGAUGUGGCUCUCGACAUUGACAUGUUGAAGGACGCUAUUGUUGAUCAUCGUCUGCCAGUCCAAAAUAUGCUAGCAGCACAGGCAGAUGGUGGUAUGACACCAGGACAAGUGGCAAUGACGCCAUAUGAUACAAAUUCCCCUGCAUGGUCAGAAGGCAAUUUCAAAGGAGAAUCAGCCGCAUUUUCUCCUCUCGCUGUCAACGGCGGCGAGGAUCCCGCAAACUUCUCUUUCCUUGGAUAUGGGCAAAGUCCUCUUGGCGCCGGAGGCAUGUCACCUGCAGGGCCUGGGUACAGCCCCAGUUCUCCCAAUACAUACUCGCCGACAUCACCGUAUGUCCCACAAUCACCGUUUGGCGGCGCUACAUCACCUUUUGGCACAUCUCCGUAUGCUACUUCUCCCUUCUACGACCGCGGCAGAGGACCAACAUCACCGACGUAUUCGCCGACAUCUCCCGCACUCAAUCUCACGUCUCCAGGAUAUUCACCGACGAGCCCACGCUAUUCUCCUACUUCUCCGUCAUUCUCUCCCACAUCGCCGCGCUACAGUCCACAAUCUCCAUCAUUCUCCCCCACGUCACCGCGUUACUCUCCCACCAGUCCCUCCUUCAGCCCUGCUUCUCCGCGUUCACCUGCCCAAAUGUCCCCUUCCUCACCAAAGUAUUCUCCCACUUCACCAGUAUCCCCCUCGUCUCCAAAAUACUCUCCCACAUCCCCUACAUACUCGCCAGCUUCACCUGCAUAUUCCCCUGCUUCUCCCGCCUAUAGCCCGACGUCACCCCAAUGGUCGCCUUCAAGUCCAGCACAGAACGGCCGCAGUCACUCGUACAGCACGUCACCGUCCUGGGAGUAAGACCAUUGUUCCAUGUCUGGUGUCCGUCCCAUGCGUUGGCGUUAUUAUCUAGCACGUUUCUUUUCUGUCAAGCACUCCAUGUAGAUUAAGCACAUUUUACUAUACAAAGCUAGAUAUGCCUAUUAUUGCGUCCCUCUCAA